AUGACCUCGAGCAAUGCAAAGGCGCACAGGCGUAGUCUGAAGGAGUGCCUCAAGGCCAUUCUUCCCCGUCGCCAGGACAACCAUAAUCACCUGACCCCUACGACUGAAGCUAAAGACGGUCCAUCGCCUUUGCUCUUACCUACCUUUGGCAGUCUCUCAACUCUUCCUGAUUUCAAUUCGACCAAACUCGAUAUUGAUGGCUAUAGCGUCUCGGGUUUAGAGGAUGACGACAGUGCUUCAAACAGAAACCAGACACCAAGGGCCUUUAGGCGUAUUGUUCUUGCCAGCAGAUCCAACUUGAGCCUCAAUCAAUCUGUUACUCAGGAAGCCUACCAGUAUCAAAUCGGUCUUGCGAGCUUGGCACAAAGAUGCAGUACUGUGAAAGAUCAACGUCUAGACCAUGACACUGAACAGCACUCUCCAAAUGCCACCAAUAUUCGGAGCACCCGAUCUGUUGUUCUUGCGCCACCAAAGGCAGGCGGUGUUCUGCCUAACUCAUUGAACUUACUGUCACCACUAAGCCAGCUUGCUCAUGCGUGCAAUGUGCCAAGCAUCUAUCGCCAGGGAACAAGCUUACAAGCAAGUCUUGCGACCUUACCGUCAGGUAUAAGAAGCGCUUCGACGUUGAGGUUGCAACGGUCGACGCAGGACUUGCGUUCCGAUACACAGCAAUACGCAGACUCUCCUCGACAAGAAGUUGCAACCGAUCUGUGUAUUGACGGAUACCUGCCUGUGAAGCACCCAGGGCAGCACGAUCCGCGAGACUGUCCCAGUGUCAACAGACCUGUCAAAAUUCCUGAUGUUGUCUCCAGAUCACGCCGAUCCGUUGAGGAGUCAAGCGAGAUGCCUUCCACCUUAUCAAGCAUCAACCACUUCUCAUCAUUCUGUGUCUUAGACGCGGCGACCCCAGGAUGCCCGAUCACAGCAAUAUCGGCGGAUCUACGAGAAGUGCUUGAUAUUGGAGAGCCGUUCUGUCUGACCAACGCAGCCAUGGGUGAAAUUGAUAUGGAUACGAUCGCAGGACAGGACCCGGAGGGCAACAUCGUAGUUCAUCUUGUUGUCUACAACCCCUUGGUCAAUCCAAGUAGUGGCCGUAGCCGAUUUAUACUGGCGGCUCUGCUAGAUAUCACCCCUCUAAUGACUGACAGCAGUCCGGUACCGGAUUUGGAAACCAUAUCCGAGGAGUCAAUGGUCGAUGAGAUAUUGUCGACACCACCUCCACUACUAAGAAGAAGUCACGAACCAACGUUGCCUCAGCACAGCUUGUCCUCUGGAGACUUGUUAGAGGGAUAUUGUUCAGCGGAUGAGCUUGCGCAUAUCUUCAGGCCUUCAAAAGACGAUAUCUGGCUCGACAUUGCUGUUGAGGAGACGCGAAGAUCUGUCAAAUCUGUUCCUGGUACGCCAGAAUUCGAAAGCAGUGCAUUGCAUUCAGGUGACGACAUUCUUGAUCAGUUUCUCGUCAGCUUGCGGGGGCUGUAUUUCGAGUUUUUCCUGCUAGGCAAGUCGCCUUUGGACGAAUCUUCAUACGAAAUAUGCAACGUUUCACCCGCAGUAUUCGAGCGCCGUGAGUAUAUUGAAGGGCAUCUUACACAGACCGCACCAUUGGACAGGGCGUAUCUGGAGAAAAACUUAACUCAAGCAAACAACUUCAAUAUGGCAGUUCGCUGGGGUAGAGAAGGCAUCCUCAAGCAGCUCUACUGCAUUCCACUAUUUGGGCGAAGUAACGUCACCUGGGUAUGCUUUUUGGUAGACGUCGAGCUUGCGCGAUCCUUGGAUCUCGACUAG